AUGACGAGCCGAGACUAUGACCUCGACGUGCCUGGUACUGAACAGCUUGUUGACGGUAAGAAACAUCUACGAACCACACAAAGACGUUUCUUACAAUCCUGCNNAGUAAAUCACGACGUUGAUGCUGUUCACCAAGGCGAUUCUGAUAUUGUUCUUAUCCCACGUCCAACAGAAUGCGGCUCGGACCCUCUCACAUGGUCUCGCUGGAAGAAAUGGUACCAGCUCUUCUUGCUUGCGCUCUACGCGUGCGCAUUCUCAUUCGGGGAGAACACUCUUGGUGCAGCAUGGACAACUGUAUCCGAAGAUACUGGCGUUUCACUAGUCAACAUGAAUGGUGGAAGUGCACUAAACUAUCUGCUUCUCGGCCUCUGCAACAUCUGGUGGAUCAGUACGGCCAACAAAGUGGGACGGAGACCUGUGUUCCUAUUCACUACGCUCAUAUGUUGUUUGGCGGGUGUCUGGCAGGGUCGUGUCAAUGGAACCGCACAAUGGUUCUUGUCGAACAUCCUGAAUGGUGUUGGCACAAGUGCCUACCAAGCUGUGAUACAGCUAUCAGUUUUUGACAUGUUCUUUGCGCAUGAGCGUGGAAUGAUGCUGUCAUUCUACCUAUUUGGUCAGCAGCUUGGUAGCAUUCUUGGCCUAAUCACUGGUGGUAUCAUUUCGGACAACCUCGGUUGGCGAUGGACCCAGUAUUGUGUUGCGAUGAUAGACGCGGGUGUCUUAAUUCUUCUGACGUUCACGUUUGAGGAAACACUAUUCCCGAGGUUUAUCUUCGAGAAGAUCCAAGGGACCCUCCCAGUCACCGAGGGUCGAUCUAGCCCUGCGGAGUCCAAUAUCGACGACAAGGAUACUGUUAAGAAAGAUCUCAACCUUGUUACUACCACACAGUCUGAGAAUCAUGAUAUCCAGCAGCGUGACUUCCCUCGCCGGACUUACGCCCAGAAAUUGAAGCUGUGGGUGUACUUCCCGGAAGACAAAACAACAUACUUUCAAUACUUUCGUCGUCCCUUCGCUUUGUUCUUGUUCCCAAAUGUCGUCAUCUCUGGUUGCAUCUUUGCAUUCGGCUGUACAGCUGGGAUUGUGUCCUUCAACACCAUCUCCGAGAUUUUGACUGAACCGCCUUAUAAUUGGAGCACCUCAUCUACUGGUCUCGUCUUUCUUGCUGCGCUGGUUGGUAACUUUGUAGGCUGGCUGACUGGAGUUUUGUCCGAUCGGAUCGUGCUCCAUCUAUCACGCAAAAACGGCGGCGUGAAAGAGCCCGAGAUGCGUCUCUGGACUCUGUGCUUUUCCUUCGUCUAUGCCGCAAUUGGAUAUUUUAUGUACGGAUUUGGUGCCCAAGCAGGGGCACACUGGAUGACAAUCGCCUUCGGAGUAGGCUGUAUGAUUGCUCACCAGGUCUCGGCUUGUUCCAUUGCAACUACAUAUGCCAUGGAAUGCUUCCCAGGAAUUGGUGGAGAAUUGGUUGUGGUUCUUGCUAUCUGCUCGUCCUGCAUCAAUUUUGCCAUCAGCUAUAGCGUGCAGCCUUUCAUUGAGGCAGCUGGCUACGGGUACGCCUUUCUCUUCUUCGGUAUUUGCGUUCUCUGCUCUAUGCUGGCCGCCAUUCCCAUGAGCAUAUAUGGAAAGUCAUGGAGAAGGAGAUGUGCACCGAAGUGGAGAGAGUGGCUGUCGCAAAGGGAGAAUUGA